AUGUCGCCAUCUGCUCAGUCUGUCCACCGGGCAUGGUGGAAGGAGAGUUCUGUGUAUCAAAUAUGGCCUGCAUCAUACAAGGAUUCCAAUGACGAUGGAAUUGGUGACAUUCCAGGCAUCAUCUCACAGUUGGAUUACAUCCAGAAGCUUGGAGUCGAUAUUUUGUGGCUCUGCCCUUCGUACAAAUCUCCACAGGUGGAUAUGGGCUACGACAUUGCUGAUUAUUACAGCAUUGCCGACGAGUACGGCACGGUCGCGGACGUUGAAAAGCUGAUCCAAGGCUGCCACCAGCGAGGAAUGAAGCUUCUGAUGGACCUGGUGGUCAAUCAUACAAGUGACCAGCAUGAAUGGUUUAAGCAGUCUCGCAGCUCCAAGGACAAUGAGUACCGCAAAUGGUACAUAUGGAAACCUGCAAAGUACGACGAAGCAGGCAAUCGACAACCCCCAAAUAACUGGGUCUCUCACUUUCAAGGUGCUGACGAAGAGUCUGCAGGUAGCGCUUGGCAGUACGAUGAGCUGACGGAUGAGUACUAUCUUCAUCUCUUCGCCACCGAGCAACCCGAUCUCAAUUGGGAGCAUCCUCCCGUGCGCAAAGCAGUGCACGACAUUAUUCGAUUCUGGCUCGACAAGGGCUGCGACGGAUUCCGCAUGGAUGUGAUCAACUUCAUCAGCAAGGAUCAGCAAUUCCCCGACGCAGAGGUCAAAGAUCCCAACACUCCCUGGCAGUCUGGAGACAAGUAUUACGCCAAUGGACCUCGAUUGCAUGAGUAUCUGCAAGACAUUGGCAAGAUAUUGAAGGAGUAUGAUGCAUUCAGCGUGGGUGAAAUGCCCUUUGUCACAGACGAGCAAGAGGUUCUUCGUGCUGUCCAAUUUGACCGCAACGAGAUCAAUAUGAUUUUCAGCUUUGAGCACGUGAACGUUGACCACGGAGAUUUUGGCAAAUUUGAGCCUGGAGCGUGGACGCUUACGGAUCUCAAGGAAUUCUUCCAGCGAUGGCAACCUUUUAUGUACGAAAAUGACGGUUGGAACGCACUUUAUUGGGAGAACCAUGAUCAACCGCGGUCCAUUGAUCGUUAUACCAACGCCAGCGAGGAGCAUCAUCUGGCUGCGGCCAAGAUGCUGGCGGUGGCAUUGACAUUGCAAGCGGGUACCCCGUUCAUCUACCAGGGUCAGGAGCUCGGAAUGCAAAACGUUCCCAAGUCGUGGGGUAUUGAGGAAUACAAGGACAUUGAUUGCCUCAAUCAUUGGAAAAUUCUGGUCAACGACAAGCCUUCGGACACGGCAGCUCAGAAAAUUGCUCUCCAAGAAUAUCAGAAAAAAUCUCGCGACAAUGCCCGGACGCCAGUGCAGUGGUCAGAUGCACCCAACGCCGGAUUCACGGGGCCCUCCGUCAAGCCUUGGAUGUCCAUCAAUGACAACUAUCCUCGCAUCAAUGCUGCCGCUCAAGUCCAGGAUCCGAGCUCCGUGUACCAUUUCUGGGCAUCUGCACUUCGUCUCCGCAAGGAUUUCAAGGACAUAUUCGUCUACGGUGAUUGGAAGAUCGUCGAUGCACCCAGUCAGGACGUUUUCGCGUUCACUCGACAAUAUGAGAAUCAGAAGGUUCUUGUUUUGUGCAACUGGACCGAACGGAGUUUGACCUGGGAUGCGCAAGGCAAUGGGGUAUCUACUGUCAAAGAUGUACUGUUGAACAACUAUGAACCGUCUGCUGGAGCAUUGAAACGCUUCGGCGGCGGCUCAUUUGAUCUGCGGCCAUUUGAGGCUUGUGCUCUUCUGCUACUAUGA